ACCUCUAUUGAAUGCUUUAUACAGUUCGAGUAUUCAUAGUAAAGAUUUUAUUACCUAAAGAAAUAUGAAAUUUGAGUUAAACUGUGAUGCGGAGAAUGUGCGUCCACCACGAGAAGAGCAGAUGGAUACGGUUGCACGACAAAAAUUGCGGUGCAGAGUAGCAGCAGAAAUAAUUGAAGUGUUGGAGCAGCAUUGCGACAACUAUUGUGCUUAUGGAUGAAGUGAAGCUGAUCGUGCGCGUAGGUCUCACAGUCUUUUGUUGGCCGCAUCAGCUUGCACUUGAUUGCGGUGUAGCUUCAGUGUGUAUCUUUUGCUAGUGUUGUAAAAUUUCGGUUGUAUUGCUGGUUUGGCGUGUUGCAAUGAUCGUGAUUUGCAUAUUUAUCUCGCUGACGAUCAUCUCAGCCGUAAAUUAUUACAAGACACGUAGAAAACGUGCGCUGAUCACUAAUCUCAGUGGCCCAUUUGCAUUGCCGCUAAUUGGAUCAGUGCAUAAGUUCUUGCUGCUUACGCCCAAAAAUUUCCUCUCCAAGUCGCGCGAUUAUCUCAACAAAUUCGGCACUCUCUCGCACUGCUGGGCUUUCGAUCGUCUCUUCAUACUCUCUGCCGACUACGAGUUUGUCACGCAGCUUCUACACAGCCCAGAUCAUUUGAAUACAGGCUACAACAAUCUGUUGCAACCGGUGUACGGUGUUGGUUUGCUAAGACGAAAUGAUGAAGAGUGGCGACAGCGCCGUCAACUGAUUUCGUACGCGCUGCGGCCGGAGAUAUUAGCAGAUUUCGCAGAGGUUUUUGCAGCGCAAGCGAAUUUGCUGAUCGAUCGACUACGCGCAGAAUGCGAUGGCAAAAAUAGCUUCGAUAUACAGCCGUAUGUGGAGCGAGCCGUACUUGAUGUGCUGCUUGCGACAGUGUUGGGCAUGGAGAGAAGAGCACAGCAAGAGCAGGUGAAGUCAGCGCAGCGGAAGUAUGCUCAAACUGUGUUGGCACUCAUCGAUCUCUUCCCAGCUCGUUUUCUCAGCUUACACUCUGCAAACUCCACAAUCUAUAGUAUUCUGUGCCCGUUGAAGAAGCGGCGUCAGCAGCGCCUUUUGAAGACAAUUAAUCGCAUAAACAAUGGACUGAUUGCUGAGCAACGCGCAGCCACAGCUACUACGUUUGAUAAGUCAAACGGGAUGGCCUACACAAUCCAAGUGAAUGAGUCAUGCAACGACACACAGGCGCAGCGACGUGACACACUUUUGAAAAUGCUGCUUGCAGCUAAUAUUGCGGGCCAGGCCCUGAGCGAUGCAGAGAUUUGUGAUGAACUGAAUACAUUCAUUUUUCAAGGAUGCCUGCUAACACCUGCGGCAAUUUCAUUUAUGCUUGUGAUGAUUUCGCGACAUCCUAGCGUGCAACAAAAGGUGCUCGAGGAGUUGCUGGGCGUAUGGCCCAAGGGAACGGCCCAUGAGUAUACAAUAGAAAAUUUGAUGAAGCUGAAAUAUUUGGAAUGCGUAAUCAAUGAGACGUUAAGACUCUAUCCACCACAGCCGAUAAUUGCGCGUGAUCUGAAGCAUAAUUUCAAUUACACCCAUUCGCAGCUCAAUGACGGGGUGCUACCUGCUGAAUCGGAGGUUUAUAUAAAUAUUUUCGAUAUGCUUCGCCAAUCAACCAGCUUCACUGAUCCUGAACGCUUUUGGCCGGAACGCUAUAGCAUGACCAUGCCCAUCCAAAAUAGCGAAAUGCUUGCUUGGGGCAUUGGUCCACGACACUGUGUGGCACAAAGGUACACCAUGUUGCUGAUGAAAUCUGUGAUUGCCCAACUGUUGUUGGCCUAUGAAGUCUUGCCAUUUGGCGAGGAGUUGCGUUUAGAAGUGAAAAUUGUUUUGAGAUCUUCGAGUGGUUGGCAAGUGGCGCUAAAGGAGCGUGACGACUAGGUUUUUAAGCGUUUAAACACUUUAUUAUAUAUUCGAGGCAGUUUUAGUUGGUUUUUAAUGCAAAUAUAAGUAAUGUAAGUACAUUUUUAUAAGGGAAUAAACAAGGCAAUAUAUUAC